UCACGACGUUUAUCCACCGGACCACUAUGAAUCACACGAGCAGCCUUGUAGGAAAGGCGUGCAAAUGCAGUCAGAGACACUGUAAAUGCUGGCCGUUUGCUCUAUUUCGUGUCGGAUCAUAGCUGUCCUCCUCUAGCUCAAAAUGGGUUAGAGGGAGGAUGCCUGCCUGGAUUAUCCACUUUCAACACUUUGCGAGGAUGUGGAAUUGGAAUAUCUGUUUUUGCAGAGGCAUCUUGACAAAGACGGAGAGAGAUAAUAGAGAUAGUAUUUGAAAUAUAUCUCCACUGUUCUUCUUCGUUUUCUUUCAUUGUUUAUUUUUUUGAGAAAUGAUUGCAGAAUUCGUGUGCAGCGCCGUGGCUUUGGUCCUCUAUGUCAACACUCUGGGCGCCGAUUUCUGCUACGAUGACAGCCGUGCGAUCAAAACCAAUCAGGAUCUGCUACCAGAGACUCCGUGGAUCAACAUCUUCUACGAUGACUUCUGGGGCACCCUGCUCACCCACAGCGGCAGCCACAAGUCCUACCGGCCCCUGUGUACCCUCUCCUUCCGCCUCAACCAUGCCCUGGGUGGCCUGGAGCCCUGGGGCUACCACCUGGUCAACGUGGGCCUCCAUGGGGCCGUCACGGCCCUCUUCACCUGGCUGGCCCGCUUGCUGCUAGGAGAGGGCCUGUGGAGCCUCCUGGCUGGGUUAUUGUUCGCCUCGCAUCCCAUCCACACGGAGGCGGUGGCGGGCGUGGUAGGCCGUGCCGACGUGGGCGCCGCCCUCUUCUUCCUGCUGUCUCUGCUGUGCUACGUGCGUCACUGCGCCCUGCGAGGGGGCACUGCGGGGCCCUGCAGGCUGGGGGCCUGGCUCCUGGGCAGCCUGGGUUGUGCUGCCUGCAGCAUGCUGUGGAAAGAGCAGGGGGUGACUGUAUUGGCCGUGUCGGCACUCUAUGACGUCUGCGUGUUCCACCGGCUCAAGUUGCGUCAGGUCAUCAUGCUCUUCUACAAGAGGAGGAACGUCCACCUGCUGUUGAGUGUGUUUCUGUUGGCUGCCUGGGGUGCUGUUCUGCUGGUCUGCCGCCUUUACUGGAUGGGUAACAAACCACCCAACUUCUCCAACUCAGACAACCCAGCGGGGGACUCCCCGUCCCUUCUCACCCGAGCACUCACCUUCCUCUACCUGCCCGCUGUCAACAUGUGGCUCCUCCUCUGCCCGGACACACUGAGCUUCGAUUGGUCCAUGGACGCCUUGCCUCUGAUCAGAAGCAUCGCCGAUUGGAGGAACCUUCAUACCGUGGCCUUCUAUGUGGUACUGCUCCUCCUGACUUGGUUUGGGCUUUGCACCCGCCGGGUCAAGGGCAAGGAGACCAACGGAAAAGCCCAUCAUGUAACCAACGGCAACGGGAGGUCCAACACCAAUGGACACAGCUAUCACCACCCUGACGUCCCCGACCACACAAACUCUGAAACAGAGCCUCACCCUGCCAGUGCACAAAACGGUACCAAAAAGCAUUACGUCACGAGGACUCGACUGCCCACCACUGAGAAUGUAGUGGUGUUCUCCUUGGGCCUACUGGCCAUCCCUUUCCUCCCUGCCACCAACCUGUUCUUCUAUGUGGGCUUUGUGAUAGCAGAGAGAGUACUGUACAUCCCCAGUAUGGGCUUCUGUCUGCUGCUGGCGGUGGGGCUGAGGUCCCUGUACGUGCGGCUGAGGCGGAGGUCCUCCAGGACUGUUUUGGUGUACUGUAGCGCUGCCAUGGUCCUGCUGUUUGGGGUUAAAACGGUGCUGAGGAACCAGGACUGGCAGAACGAGGAGAUGCUCUACAAGUCAGGAAUAUACGUGAAUCCUGCUAAAGCAUGGGGCAAUCUUGGAAACGUUCUAAAGAACCAGGGCAAGAUGGCGGAGGCGGAGCAGGCGUACAGGAACGCCCUCUACUACCGCAGGAACAUGGCAGACAUGCUGUAUAACCUCGGCUUGCUGCUACAAGAAAACAACAAGUUCUCUGAGGCGCUCCACUACUAUAAACUGGCCAUUGGGAGCAGGCCAACUCUGGCUUCAGCCUACUUGAACACAGGGAUCGUCCUGAUGAACCAGGGGAGAAUGGAUGAAGCCAAGAGGACCUUCCUGACCUGCGCCGAUAUCCCCGACGAGAACCUGAAAGACCCCCACGCCCACAAGAGCUCCGUUACCAGCUGCCUAUACAACCUGGGCAAGCUGCUCCAUGAGCAGGGGCAUCAGGAGGAGGCCCUCUCGGUGUAUAAAGAAGCAGUACAGAAAAUGCCAAGACAAUUUGCACCUCAGAGCCUCUAUAACAUGAUGGGAGAGGCCUACAUGAGACUGAACAAGCUGACCGAUGCCGAGCACUGGUACAAAGAGUCCCUGAGAGCCAAGCCAGACCACAUCCCAGCACACCUGACCUACGGCAAACUCCUCGCCCUCACGGGUCAGAAGACUGAAGCAGAGAGGUUCUUUCUGAAGGCCAUCCAACUAGACCCCACUAAAGGAAAUUGCUAUAUGCACUAUGGUCAGUUUUUGUUGGAGGAGUCUCGUCUGCUGGAAGCGGCUGAGAUGGCAGAGAAUGCGGCGCGUCUGGACAGCGGGGAGUUUGAUGUUGUCUUCAGUGCAGCCCACAUGCUCAGACAAGCCAGUCUCAACGACGCAGCCGAGAAGUAUUACGGACAGGCAGCCAGCAUAAGACCUAACUAUCCAGCAGCCCUGAUGAACCUGGGGGCCAUUCUCCAUCUCAACGGGAAGCUGCAGGAGGCAGAGGCCAACUACCUGCGAGCGUUGCAGCUGAAGCCAGACGACACCAUCACCCAGUCAAAUCUGCGUAAACUGUGGAAUAUCAUGGAGAAACAGGGCCUGAGGACAAUGGGGCCGUGAGUUAUCUCACCAGCCAGUCAGCCAUCUGUGCAGCAGGCCUGGGGAAGAAGUGGCCCGUUGCUCCCUUGGAGGAGAAACUGGGGUAGUGAGGAUGGAGGAGGACAGCAGAAAAAGGCACAGGACUGCAGAACGCUCCUUGUGACUCUUCACUACUCCUCAGGCCAGGAGUAGCUUCCCUGGUAGGCUGUCCAUUUGGAGGAGCACUACCUUUGAAUAAUGUCUUCCUGGAACUUUGUCCAAAAUGUGUGCUCUCCCAGGGUCUGUGAAUCUCUACCAGAGCACUUCAUUUGAAGUGGGCCAUAGGUUCAUACUUGAAGUCUUGUGAUUAAUUAGGAAUUUAAUUAGUUAUAGAUGCUUAUAAGAUCAUGUAGGACAACAUUUGUCCUGGGGCAGAGUCCCAAGGCGCUGCCCUCCGAAGCAGGAACACUGCAGUAGAAGUUACGUUUUUUUCUCACCGUCGAAUUAAGUUUUUGGUCUAAUGAAGUUGUGUUCAUUGGCUUCUGUGCACAUCAGUGAAACUCAUGGCAUGAUAUAGGAGAUAACAGCUUUAUCAAUGAAUUCUCAAAUUGAACACAACUAGUGGUGGCCAGAAUUGAUGAAUCAUUCAUUGUGAUUGUUUAUGAGAUUUCACUGAUUUCACAUGUUGUUGGACAUUGAGAACUACAGCUUCUGCAAAGAGAUGUAGCAGAUUGUUGAGCAUCGUUGAGUGAUAAAAAAGGAACCCACUGAUCGAUAUUGUCUUAUAAAUAACACUUCCACAAGAGUAAACCGAUACCGUAUAAAUGGAACAUGUGCCCUCAGGGUACAGUCAAGGAGCGCUCUGAGUAUUUCCCACCCUGAAACAUAUGAAUCCAUAGAAUAUAAUUUGCCAAAAGACACAGUGUUAGUUGUGAAAGAAAAUACCAAUAAGAUAGUUUGAAGGAAAGGAGAAAUGAAUUUGAACUGGAGUUUCUGUCAUUAUUCCCUAACUCUAUUAUGCCUUUUCUAUCUGAAGGCGCAAAACUAUUCCGUGUAAAUGUAGCAGUGAAUUUCAAAUUGCUUCGCUAGGCUUGUUGUUUCAUAGAGUGACAUAAUAUGGCUCCUGUGUAGGUCAGAGCCAUAUAUUAAGAUGAACAUAUGGCUCUGGUGUAGGCUACUCAUGUCUCCUUGGAUAAUUUACUUCGAGGAAGGUAGCUAAUGUGUUAUGAAAGGAAAUGGCAAAUGACCUUCCCAUGGUACUAACAUUAGCCCCCCAUCAGCUGACAUGCUAGUUGGAGAGUUGGACAGCAGCAGAGAACUGAAGGCUUCCCCUCCCUUCACAAUACAUACUGUACUGAUGUGUGCUGAUGACCGGUCUUUAGACAUGAUAAGAGGACAGUUGGAAGUCAUUGUUGAUGUCUGAAAUCUUAUAACCAAGUAGCCGUCAAACCGAUGCACUCCGUUACAUAACAAUGCACAGCCAUAGUUUGUCUGAUGGAAUCUUUUCAUGUAAUAUUGCUUUGAUUGAAAUUGUUCCUUUUCUUUUAUUUGUAUGUAUAUAUGGAUUUGAAUAUAUACAGUAAAAACCUACAUACAGUAUAAUAGACAAUAGUCUGACUUGCAAGGGAAGGUCAGUGCCCACCCAGCAAGUUCAGUAUCUGUAAGAUAUGAAUCAUUUUUCCUAGCGUCAAAACAUCAUGUUCUCUCACUCUUUUCAGUCUUAAAUGUCAAUAUUGUAUAUAUUCUGUGUAGUUUACAUCUACUUGGUUGUUGUCAUAAAAAAUAAUUUACCACCGUUUAUUAACUGUGUCUCCAACUUGGAAGAAACUUUAUUUUGGAGAAACAGAUAAUCCCGCUAUGACAUUUCUGUUUAUUGUAAAGAAGCCCACAGCCACCGAGCGGUUGAAUAUUUGUAAGUUAUUUCUUUGUGUUAUCUUGGCAUAUAAACCAGCUGGCACUGUGUUACAUUUUCAAGUGUAUGUUGAAGAUAAGUAUUGAUCCAUUUCACUUUAUGAAAUGUGAUAUACCUGUACACAUUUGUCUAAAAGACUUUUCCUUGCGAUUCUGACUGAAAAAAUACAACUAUUUGAUUCCAAUUUUUGAACAGAAGUUUCUUAAUUUCGCUAAAAUAUUGCAUUUGACACAAAGAAAACAAAGUUCAUGAUAAUUGAAAUGACUAGCAAAAAGCCAAAAGUAUUUAAACAUUGCAUUUUCUUGUGCUGUCCACUUCCCUACACAGUGACCCCAUCCUCAGAGGUCAUAUCCAGUGCUUUAUGGAGUUAGUAGUAUGAUAGUUGCCUUGUUCUUUCUUGAACAUUAAACAUGUAUGAGCCCUGUUCCACUCUGUACGUAACCUCUGUUCUCAUGUCUGUCUGUCAGUCUUUUGAAAGCACAGCACGGCAGUCUGUCUGUCCGGCUGGAGCUCGAUAGCUCUACUGGUUCUUACUGUCGUAACGGUUGUGUAUGUCUCGACUGCGUCAACACUGUGGUGUAUUUAGCUAUGAUCACCAUCUCUAUCUGUCUGAUAUAAUGAAGUGUUGAGCUAGGUUAUCACCAUGAAGUAUUCUACCCUCACACCUUCUCCCCAACACCACCAUCCCCCAUCACAAGUUGUGCUAAUUUGUCUUGUGUAUAAAGUGUUGAUGAACAAGCGAGAGUGUGUGUCUGAAGAUGGAAAUAAGUGUUUCACUCUGUGUCUCUGCUCAGGGAUUUCAAGCGGUGAGUUGUAUUGCAGACUCAUGCUCACAGAGCACUCAGAGUUUCUAAAGUUAUAUUUUUGGAAAGUUGUAUUUGUAUAAAUGAUCAAGAUUUGUAGCCUUUGCUUUUUGUAAUAUAAAAAAAAAACAUGUGCCAGAAUAAACUUUCCCAAUGUUUCUUUUUUCCCACAAUAAAAUAAUGGUGUUCUGCUUUCA